CUCGGCGUCAAGUGCGCCAAGGAGGCGGCCACGGCCAACCGCGGCGGCAUCAUCCUCGCCAAGCUCUCCAUCGUGCCCGUCAGGAGGGGCUACUGGGGGAACAAGAACGACCAGCCCCAUACCGUCCCAUCGUCAGUACGGUGCGUGCCUCCCCUUCUUCCCCCUUAUCCUCUCCCCUCCGCUCGGGGAGAAGAGGAACCCAACCGAAUCAAAUCCAGGGGAGGAGAGGCAAUCUGUAGAUAGAUAGAUGGAUUGGUGGAAGAACCCCCAAAUCGAAUCCAUCCUCUUUGCUUUGGUUAGAAUUAGCUGGUGGCUGCCUUUUUGUUGAUUAGAAUUAGGUGCCGUGGGGAUGUUCCCGUGGUUGGAUCCGUUCCGAUGUUCCCGUGCGUGGAAUCAGCAGCAAAGUGGAGGAAUUUCAGGCGGAGGAAGGAUUUGGCCGGCAGCUCAGGUGCCCGCCCCCUGGGGGUCUGAAAUCGUGGCCGCCCGCGUCCCCCAGAAGGUGCUGCAGUUCGCCGGCAUUGAUGAUGUCUUCACUUCCUCUCGUGGAUCCACCAAGGUUCUACAGAUCAUCUCCCUCUUUGUUUGGGUCAAAGGAAAUUGUAUAUUGCCUGUUUUGAUAAGUUGGACAAGAGGCUGUCAGUUCUGUUCAUGGUUGCACAUAUGCUCUGUUACUGUAUUAAGAAAGCUGCAGCCUGCCCAAGGGGCUGUCAAUCCACCAGAAAUGGAAUCGCCACCUUCACAGCAGAACAUCACGCGCGAGUGGUCGAUGGACUGCCAAUGCUGCUCCAAAGGGGGCUGACCUUCACCUCCCCGUGUCCCUGAACAAGAUGGACCAACGAGUUGUGACCAUGUCCUCUGCGAGAAGUGCAUCAAGGUGGCCAUCAAAUUGUCGCUGCUACUACUGCUCGACCUGUGCUCUGAACGGGGCUGACACCGCGUGCUGC